AUGGUCAUCAAACUCGUCACUUUUGAUGCGCUCCACACUCUACUCAAGCCCAGACGUCCCAUCUACGUCCAGUACUCCGAGGUUUUUACCCCCUUUUUAGGUGUACUCGACCCAAACCGCAUCAGACACUCUUUCAAGUCCACCCUGAAACAGAUCCAAAAGGAAAAACCAGCCUACAGGGGGGAAGCAGGUGUCCUAGGUUGGUGGACGGAAGUUAUCAGGGGUACAGCCAUUGAGGCAGGGGCUCACCCACAAGUUGUAGAUGCAUCUCUCGGUCAGAUGGUCUCCAUAUUGAUGAAGAGGUUUAGCUCAAGGGAGGGAUAUAGGCUUUUUGACGACGCCCUUCCAACGCUGUGGCAGCUACGUAAGAUGAACGUCUGCACGGCCCUAGUCAGCAACGCGGAUACACGCAUGCGGCUUGUGCUGAAUGACCUUGAAGUAUCAUCACUUCUGCAACCGUUGCUUCUGAGCGAGGAAGUGGGCAUCGAAAAACCCGAUUUAGAAAUAUUCAGGAUGGCACGAAAUGAUUUUUCGCUACAAGGAGUCAUCCGUGCAGACGAGAGCCUGCAUGUUGGCGAUGAACUAGAUAAUGAUUAUUGCGGUGCGCAAGCAGCAGGCAUGCAUGCUAUGCUACUAAGGCGACCCGGCCCUGAUGGUGAUGGCGAACACAAGGGGGUAGGAGAGGAUUUACGACACGUCAACGUGGUGCCCAGUUUAUUGGCAGUGGUAGAUUGGGUAAAAAGCCAGAAUGGUGAUAAAGGAACGUCGACUGGAUAG